AUGUAUGUGGCUCAGAGGACUCCGUCGACCGUAGAUUUCAGGGGAAACGGACCUACGGACAUGGAUUGGUUCGAACAGCUACCGAAGGGAUGGCAACGGGAGCGCCAAGAAAAUUUCAAUAAGAUCACAACCGGUAGUCCCACUUCGGUUGAUAUGGUCUCUGAUAGUUGGACAUCGACCCUGCGAGAAAUGCCCGAGCUUUUCGGCGGUGCGACAGGGGACGAGUCAUCUGAAGAUCAUGCCCUAAAAAUUCAACUUCAAGAUAUGAAGAAGAUGGAAUCUCUGCGCCUACGGAUUGAGAACGUUGUCAAAGACAAAAAGACAGCUGAAGCAUUGAAGCCGUGGUAUAACCUUUACUGUAAACGGCCUUGUUUCCAUGACGAGUACUUGGAGGCUUUCAACAAACCCAAUGUCGAGCUCAUUGACUCUGCGGGAGCAGGUGUCGAAGCAGUCACAGAACGUGGCAUCAUUGUUCAAGGAAAGGAAUAUCCUGUCGACUGUAUCAUCUAUGCAACAGGUUACGAAUGGGGUGGAAACUACGAUGCGGGUAACUCCAAGAUUAACAUUGAGGGCCGUAAUGGACAGACUCUUGUCGAAAAGUUCAAGGACGGUCCACUCCUUGUCCAUGGUUGUUGGAUUCGCGGAUUUCCCAAUCUGUCGCUUCUCAGUUGGACUCAAGCAGGGACUACAGCAAAUGGGACAACUACGAUGAUCAAGAUGACCGAGCACAUGAUCUAUCUACAAAAGGAGUUCAGAAAGCGACAAAUCCGUUCCAUCGAGCCUGGUCAGAAUAUGGAAGACAUUUGGGACAAACAGAUCACCAAAUCUCUCACACCGGAGUCUGCCGAUGGGAUCGACAGUCUCACAGAUGAUGAUGCCAAUGUGUCACUUGAGACAGAUUCCCUUCACGUGAGGAGAGCUAUUUUGGAUAUAUUCUGGACGUCAAACGAACUUUGGAGCAAUAUAGUCGACAAAGAACAGUUCCUGGCUUCGAAGGUAGGCGGACAAGCCUCGGAGUACUAUUCUCCGUCGCUUGAGGACGCUAUGCUCGCAUGUGGCUCGCGGAACAGUACCUCAAGUGUUAUCCGUAAAGCUGGGAGAAUAUAUGUGAAUCGCGCCAAAGAAGGUCUCCUGACCCAAGUGGAAACACUCAGCAUUGCCGCCAUCCAAAAACUUCUCCUGGUGAGCAACUUCGAGGCUGGAGAUGGCUAUCAUCGGAUAGGAUGGACCUAUUGCGGAAUUGCGCUGCAGAUGCUUUUUGACCUUGGUAUCCACGAAGAUUGUUCAGUCCUGGUAGCGCAGGGGCACCUGACCAUCAGGGAGGCAGCCUGUAGGCGGAGGUUAUUACUCUCAGCAUUUCUUUAUGAUACGAUCUGGGCAUGGUUUAUGGGCCGUCCACGAAGCGUUCCGGUAUCGUCGGUCAUAUUGGCUCAUUCCAACCACAGUGAAGACCUGCAAUGCGACACAUCGGCACUAAUACUGGAUGCAUGGGUUGACCUAUGCAUCUUGAUGGCUGAAGCUGGGGAUAUCCUCAACUUGUCAGUGUCCCUUGAUGACCCUGUGGUCGAACGACUGUCACAGAUCUACACUAGUGUUGAUAGGCUCUUGGAUACCUUACCGGAUGAUCUGGCCUGGCACAGCUCGGAAAUGUCUCCGCUCCACCCCUCAGCUUAUGGCCUUCAUACCCAGAUAUCUGCCUUCAAGAUGCUGCUCCUUCGCCUUCCAACACGGAGCCGUCACCCAAUGAACUCUUUUGAUAUUAUCGAAAAGAACAGGGUGACAUUAAAGGGCUUCACGUCCGAAACUUCUGAUGCUGCGAUCUAUGAGAACGCUGUUCGCAUUGUGCGCCUGGUGCACCUCCUGAUUCAAGUUCACGGCAUCGAGCAGAUCGUUCCUACGAUAUUGGAUAAUAUCUAUAUUGCUGCCAUUAUUCUCAUUCAGCACAUCUCCAACGCUCAGCAGCUACGGACUCAGGAGUCUUUGAGCGCAAUUGAAAAUGACAAGAAUUUGCUUGAUAUUCUGUCGAAGACAUUAGCAGGAGCAGAGAAGCACUACCGAAUGACAGCUGUCCUCGGGAAGAAUCUGUGUUCAAUCGUACGGGGAAUGAAUCUAGCUGGUCUAUUCAGAUCGGACAAUGGCGACGAAGAAAAUGUUACCGACCAGUCAGCUAGUGCUGGUUCGGAGCUUGCUCCCGAUCAAACUCAGCAUCCUUCCGAUGUCGAAAAUCCUAUCCUUGCAUCCGAUGAUCAUUUUAUGAACUCUUCUGCGUUUGAAUUCACUCCGAAUUUGAUGACUGGCAUCGAACAAUACCAAGGUGCAACCACGGACGCGUUCCCGUGGCCCUUGAGUCCUGUGGUUUGA